UCAGAGUGCGAGGGCGUCGCUGUCGCAAAGUGGAUGUCAGUCAGUGGAGGCCAUUUUUGUACAUAUAUUUUUUUCAAGCGUGGCUAGCGGCACUAAAAGGUGGAGGUUUUAAAACUAAAGAGCCUUUCUUAUACGCAGAAAGAUGAGUAGCUCCGAGGAGGUGUCAUGGAUUUCAUGGUUCUGUGGUCUUCGAGGCAAUGAAUUCUUCUGUGAGGUGGAUGAGGAUUACAUCCAAGACAAGUUCAACUUGACUGGGCUCAAUGAGCAGGUACCGAAUUACAGGCAAGCGCUGGAUAUGAUUCUGGAUCUCGAACCAGGUAAGGAAUGGCAGAAGGGGUGGAGUGAGGAUGAGUGUUGUAAUGUAAAUGCUGUUCUCUCCCGCACAGAGGAUGAACUCGACGAUAAUCCCAACCAGUCGGAUCUGAUUGAACAGGCGGCUGAGAUGCUGUACGGAUUGAUUCAUGCCAGAUACAUCCUCACAAACCGCGGAAUUGCUCAAAUGAUAGAGAAAUAUCAAACUGGUGAUUUUGGCGUUUGCCCCCGAGUGUAUUGUGAAAGUCAGCCGAUGUUGCCAUUAGGUUUAUCCGAUGUUCCCGGUGAGGCAAUGGUGAAAUCUUAUUGUCCAAAGUGCGUAGAUGUCUACACACCAAAAUCAUCAAGGCACCACCAUACGGAUGGGGCUUACUUUGGCACUGGAUUCCCGCACAUGCUGUUCAUGGUGCAUCCGGAGUAUCGUCCCAAACGUCCGACAAAUCAAUUUGUGCCACGUUUAUAUGGCUUCAAGAUUCAUUCCCUAGCUUAUCAAAUUCAGCUGCAACAUGCAGCCAACUUUAAGGCUCCACAACGAGCGGUAAAUUAUAAAAAUGGAAAUCGCAGCUACAUACAAAAUUGAAUGGACAUCAAAUAGCGUGCUUUCUAAUUUCGUUUUAACUCUUAAUUUCAUUUAUGGUUUGAAGAAGAAGAAGAACACUUACAACACGGAAAUGAAGAAAAAAAUCUUGUCAUACUUAUCAGCAGUGUGUUGCAAUGAAGAUGAAUUGAUAAGGAGUAGAAGUAAGAUGAAUAUGAGCUGCAUUCAGAGUAUGUAGUAGAAGACAAAAAAAAGGAGAAAUAAAUGAGAAAAAAGAA